AGAACUAUGAAGCGACGAAAGAGACGAAAUGAUCUCAAGUCUCCACUGCGUUUCUUGGUGCCGAAUCAUUUCCGAAUGUUGCUAGACUCGAUAGAGACGCAGAUUGAUGAAUUCAGCGAUGAAGAAGAAGAUAUGUCAUUUCCUAUUCUGGAAAGUCUUGUAGGACUUCUAGGAGGGAAGACUGUUUUGGACGCUGUGCGUUGGCAGCAGUGUGGGCUUAUUCGUAAACUUGAGGCUGAUUCAAGAGCGAAAGCCAAGAAGAAGAAGUUCGGCAACAAAUUCUCAAUCGGGCCUUCACUCGCAAUGACAUUUUGUCGUGGACCAUCCGACUCCUCCUGUGUCGACCAAACGAAGAUUAGCCGCACAAACCUCUAUUCAAACUCUCCUUUUUUCCAGGUACUACCUAUGCGUGCUUCCAACAACCCACGUCAUCUCCUGUCGCAAGUCAACUACUGCUUCUGCAAGUACUACGAGAAGCAGGUUAGAAAGCGGAAGAAUAGAAUCACCUGUGCACAUGCUCUUGCAGUAUGGAUGUCGCGAUGUUUUGGUUCUUAUGCAGUGAUAACAAUGAAGAAAAGAACCAUUCAUUUGAUUGGACAGCAGUUUGUUUGCAGGUCUCAGGAGUUUUAUUGAUUACUGUGAACCAUAGCUCUGUGUGUUGGACUGCCUCUCAUUGAAUCUCUUUUAUUUGUUUUGCCGUAGUGUAAUUUUUGGGAUCAUAAAAAUUAGUCUUGUCAAUGUUGUCGCUUAUAAUGUUAAAGAGGUUCCUGAAUUU